AGCAAACACGAUUAAAGUUAUUCAAGACGAAGGAAACUUCGACCUUCUGUGGAGUGAAGUGAUAUUGCUGAUAUAAAUAACAUUCUUUUAUUACAAUCUGCGAGUGUUAAUUUUAAGAGGCGCACGAACGAAAGCCAUUAAACAAGUUAUGUAUCGUGCGAGCAAUCUCGUUGAAUCAUGAAAGAUCCAAGUUAUGUGCGUUACACGCUUAUGCAAUAUCACGUAACGCCUUCACCCUGAACUCGCGCACACUGAAUGAAAUUAUUGUACGAUAAAAGCUUCCUGCGAAUGAAUAGAAAUCGGAAGCAACAGACUAGACGCGUGUGUUCUAUCAGUUUGAUGUUUCCACGGCUUCAUCCCUCGGCUUCUCACGCCAGGCUUUUAAAAUACGGCAUUAUCUCUGAACUAGCCAUUACAUGUUACGUACACACGUUCGUAAAUACAAGGUAAACGUUUGCACUUUGAUAAGUGGAACAUGGUGAAAAAAUAUUUGCACAGCCGACGAAUACCGGUGUUACUUGAAUUUGGAGCAUAGGCGAUUACACAGAGAAUGGCCAGCGAGAAUUUCUUCACGCCCCAGAUUAAUCGACAAGUGACAGUGGUUCAAUUACCGCUUGUGGAUCGGUAAUUACAUAACUUCCGGUGAAGGAUGAGUUGAGCAGGCGCGACAUUGACCGCUCAAUCGCUUAAUACGUUGGCCGGUCUCCUCAAGAAGAAUGGAAAUAAAUGAGGGUCAUGACCCGUAUUGAGCGAGAGUAAUGGAAGAGAUCUCGCGAUUCUUUCAGCCUUCAGUUCCAACUAUUUCGCAGUUUAUUCGUUGUAGACGCUGGUACCUCAUAAACUCAUAGACACACAGUUCUAAUUUGGUUAUUUCUGCGUAGAAAAUCUAUGAUUCAUUAGCAAGUUAUUGCGAAGUUUACGGGCCUUGUGAAAUUUGGAAUUUUUUCUCGAAAAGUUAUUAUAUAAAUAUUUACAAGUUGUAGGACCUUUAAUCGUCUAUAGUCUACGUCAACGAUGCUACGCGUUUGUGUUUCGUUAACAAGUACGGUCGAUAUCACGUGGAUAUUUAUAAACCAAACACUUCCAAACAAUAGAAUAAAAUACCUCGAUAAACCAUGACGCGAUUAUCUGCGAAAAGAACGCGAAGCUGAGGUAUCGGUCACGACGAAGAUAUCCGCGAAGGACGGCAAUUACAUUUCCUCGCGCCUAACAAGCGUAAUAUCCAAAGCGGCUAUUUUCUAUACUCGUGUAAAGCCCAAUCCCCUCCAGCGAGAAGGUCAGAAGUCAGGAAAAAAGGAGCAAGAAGGGGGAGAGAAGCAGAUAAAGUGCUUGAUGGUGGGUGACAAGCUAAUAUCGAGGAUGGUAAGGUGGCCGAAGGGACCGACUAGGAGGCAAUAUCUUGUAAUGGAUGUGAUGUUUCUCGGCAAACUCAUUCCAUGGAAGGUUGUGCAUUUGCCUAACCAUUUCUCUACCACGCUUCUGAUUCCCUUGACCUCGAAAAUCCCUCCGGAGAUCUACAAUCAGGGUCGUGCGAGUCCUUGCCGUUUUUCCUCUUUUACAUUCUUACCUAACGUCUUAUCGAAUGUGCGCUCACGAAACAAGUCACAAGCGAAACGCACGGAAUGUAAUGCUCGUGGGUCAGCACGCAUGAGCGGUACGUAAACGCACGGGGAAGACAAACAGAAGCAGGACCGAUGGCGAAGAGAAGGAGGAAGGGAGACAGAGGAGCGUUCAGAUGAAGAGAGCAAUAGGAAACGAGAGAGAUGAGGUUUGCCGUUACACGUGUGAAAAUAUAUCAGAUUCAUUGUAUAUCUGGCAAUGAACCUGUCAUAGAAAGAGAAAGGCGUCCAUCUACAUGAUUUACCAGAUCCAGUUUCGUACCUGAUCUGGAAGACGUACAAAACCAGGAGCAGUGGAAAAGAUGCGAGUUACAGCUUUUCUCCCGCUUCCUAACUAUAUAAGAAAGUUGAUGGCAGUGAUAGACCGCAGACUAUCUUUGCGCGUGGUUAUACUUACAAUUUCUUUCUCGCACUCCGAAACGUGCAAAAAAGAUCAAAUGAAGAAACUGAUCGUAUUCGUGUCGAUGGUUGUGGUUGUCGCUGCGUAUAAGAAAGGAAGAAGAUACAGUGCCUUGGAAGAGUUUCCGCCUUAUCAAGAGACUGGUUGGCAUCCAUCUUCUUCUCGCAGGCAACAUUAUUCAUUUCGAGAGCCAUCGUUUAAAACGCAAUACUACCAAUCUUACCGACAUCGACCCUAUAGACAGGAUUUGGAUUCUUUUCCGGAGCAACUGUCUUUCAAGGACCGAUUGCUGUUGCGAGAUUACGAAUUAUUGAGAAAUCGACUAUUUUACGAUAACAGUUCGUCUUUUAAGAAUGCUCCGGACUUCCAUAGACAAUCUUCGAUCUUUAUGAAUGGAACACCGUUCAGAAAUCAACAAAACAAAGAUCAGACGGUUUCUGGAAAUGAACAGCGACCUGAAUAUCAAGACGAUCGAUAUUCCUCUUACCGGCAACCUUUCCGCGACGAUUUUCGAUUUGCCGAUCUGUACGAUAAACCAAUUGACUUUUACAAAGGACAAUCAGGACAGCAACAGGUCGAUUCAGUUGGUAGAGAUUCGGAGUAUUUGAAGCAUGGUAACCAUGGUCUUGGAUAUGUGUCUGUGCCACCCAUUUCGCCGUAUGGAAACGUUCUGCCAUUGAGCGAGGAAGCAUCCACGACGAUGACACCCUCAAUGGCUCCGACAACCACCCACAAACCAUGGCAACUGUCUACUGUCUCCUCCGCAACUUCAGCUACCACCCAAGUUCAUACAUCUACAACUUCCGAGCUGAAAAUGGAUUCGCACUCGAAUACGGCGACAAUGCCAACCGUGAAAUCCGAUACGCUGGCUGAUGCUGCUACCACGAGCGUAUCCGCUUCAACGAUUUCUACGAUACCAGCCUCUAUGGUUACCACAAAACAGUCUUCGAACUUGGCUCGUUUACCGACCACCGAAGCUAGCUUACCUGUCAUGGACACGGAAUCUCCAAUCAUAUCUUUCGGACGACAAACCGUACCUCCGAUUGUAUUUCAACCGACUACGUUCACUUCACCGACGCCCUAUUAUCUCUCCAAUGAGUUAAAGAACAAGUUCCAACAGUCCAUGCUUGAUUAUCUGCUAUCCCAACAGGAGAAAGAUGGUAUCAAAAGCAACGUGCAAAUUCUGCCGCUGAACCAAGCACUUCCAGAUACGUCGAACAACAGCCUAAACAACAAGAUCCCUAGCAUGGUACUGAAUUACAUACUUCCAGAAAACUCAAAGGGCGUUCUGAAGAACAAUUUGCAGAGUUCUCUGUUGAGCUAUCUGCUGCAGCAGGAAUCGAACCAUGGUCUACCUUUCCAACAAUCAUCUCUAUCGGAAACUGCGAAUCAUGUUCCAUUAACCACGAUAGUCGAGAGGCCAACGAUGACACUCCCAAGUAUACCGAUUGCAACUUUGUCAGCGGUUUCUCGGCCAGUGCAGACGAUAAACUACAUUCCAAUAACACCGCCAAGAGUGUCUGCUUUCGUGCCUCAAGAUUCGUCCACAUCUUCUGGCCUCUCGUUAGGUACACCUCUGUCUUCUGGCUUGUCCGCGAACAUAUUGAGUAAUCAUAUCGGCAGCACAUUCAACAGUCUACCUGGUGGAAUAAACACCGACAUAUCGGCAGGAAUACCCAACAGCCUCUCAUCGAACGUUCCCACUGGUGUGUCAACUUUGAACUUUGGCGAAAAUGUCCAAUAUGGAGGGCAGUUGCGACCGUUUGAACCGGCGAGGACUCACUCAUAUUCCACAGGGUUGCAGUUACAAUUAGGCGGCUUCGGAGGGAUAGAUUACACCUUGCGUUCAACUAGUCCUACUUUACGUUCCACGAACCUCGACAUUGGAAAAUUGGGAUUAAGUUUGCCAGAAUUGCCGCGAUAUCAACUUCCUGCUUUCUCUAAGGUAAAAUUGGGUCAACGCUUGUGGUGAACGUAGAAGCUAACUGGACCAAUCGGUACAAAACCACGUGUUUAUUUAUAGCGUUACAAAAUAUUCUAGCAAGUUGCCAAAGUUUAAGAAACUCUAGGUUACGUCGAGAAAUAUUUCAUAGUGUUAUUCCGUAAAUAUUAUCUCUAUAUAAUUUAAUUUACUAUUAUAAUAGAAAUAAAUAUUUGUUAAUAGAAAUAGUAAGAUUAUCAGCGUUUCUUCUGAAUCGAUUUCCGUCAACUUCAUCCGUCCAAUUUUAUUAAUCCUGUUUAAUCCAUUGCCUAUACGUAUAAUCCUUUUUAUCAUCAUUCAAUAUUGACUCUGACAUAAUACUAUUAACACAUCGUGCGUUAUCUGGGUUAUUGACAUUAUUCGAUCCAUCGUACUUUUUCAGGCAGGCUAUUUCAGAGAUCACCGGCCCAUAUCUUUCUUCUUACCACUAUAGGAAGCAUUCACUGUUUGAGGGAUAUUCGUAAAAGUCAGCCCGAACCGAUUUCGUUGUAGAUUCAAUUUGGCCAACGUUCGUACUCACUGGCCCAUGGACCAUUCUCACCGUGAAUUGCACUGAUUCGAACAAAUACCACGAGGACAGCCGACUUUUCGUCUUCCAUCGAUCUCUAAAAAUCUGCAGAGGCAAGUGUUUUCUACGCUGCAAAGAUACGAAAAUGAAUUUAAUAUCUUGCCACUUACC